AUGGUCUUGCAGGAACCACGCACAACCUGGUACAACCCCCGAGAACGAGCGGACGACGGAGCACUCUUGAACCGCCUGGACAUCGAUGUUGUGCCUUCUGUCGAUCUGCUUCCGGGCGACGUGGGAUUCGGUGUUGCAAAAACGUUUCGCGAGCUUCACCCGAUUCGACGCUGUCCACAAUACGGGGUGCGAUUGCGGGGCCCCACUCUCGCCAGAGAACUGAAAAAGGGCCCAUCCGCCCUCCCGACGCGCUGGCGCAUGCCGGGCGCAUCAGCGCUCGGCGAAGGGCCCUCGAUGCCGAAUUACAAAUGCGAGUCCGCGCUGGUACUCAAUGCUAUAUCGAACUCUCUGUCACUGUCAGCGCCUCUCGCAUUGACCACACGGGCGCACGUACCUAUCACCCUCCCGGCCCCAAGAACACGCAAAGGCCUCAUUUUACGGUCACUGGCCACGAUUGGGAUAGGUCGCAUCCCCGCAGCCAUACCCUACGCUCUCGUGCUGCGGUGUGUUCUGAUUUCGGAUACAAUACAACUGCAAUACAAAGCCCAAAAGCCUCUUUGUCCUGACUACGUCCGGCUAGCUUUAUCUGCCCAGUUCGGCGCGCCGCAGCCCGGAUGUAAUGCGGCCAUUGUAGACGUGAUCUUUUACUGCGGUCUUCUGCAUUCAGUCUGGUUCUCUGGGCAGACGUCUGUCGGAGUAGACAACAGCCUCUACGUAGACCUACGUCCCGCUUGCCAUCACGCGGUGCAGCGAACGAGGGAAUCAACCCAGGCAUGGACAUGGACACCUCGUGAUCAUGUCCAGACAACUGCGCAGGGAAUAAGCUCGACGAGACCGUGGACGCGAUGCAAUUUCAUCUGGACUCUUCGUAUCUCCUUGGCCGCGCGGGCGCGCCGACGCCAGCUUCCCGGACGCAAUAACGCUGGUAUCAGUCCGUGGGAGAGUGCGACGAUGGGUACGGGAAGGGACAACGGAUGGGAAUGGAAACGGGAGCGGGAGCCUGGACGUCGUGUCUAG